CUCCCUCUCCGGCGGCGGGAGAGCAGCCGGGGCGCCCGGAUCCCAGGAGCUGCCGGCGGCGGCGGGCGGCGGGCCCGACCGUGGUAGGUGCGCGGCGGCGGCGGCGGGCCGAGCCCCGCGCGCGGAGCGGGCACCAUGGUGUUGUCGGUGCCAGUGAUUGCGCUGGGCGCCACUCUGGGUACGGCCACCAGCAUCCUCGCGCUGUGCGGGGUCACCUGCCUGUGCCGGCACAUGCAUCCUAAGAAGGGGAUGCAGCGGGAACGGGCCCCGGAUCCGGAGAAGGCUAGCCCCGGAGUGCCCCGAUCCGCACAACAGUUCAACGUGAAGAAGUCCACGGAGCCCGUCCAGCCCCGAGCCCUCCUCAAGUUGCCAGACAUCUACGGGCCCAGGCCGGCUGUGACGGCCCCAGAGGUCAUCAACUAUGCAGACUACACUCUGAGGACCACGGAGGAGCCUGCUGCCCCUGCCAGCCCCCAGGCCCCGAAUGACAGCCGCCUCAAGAGGCAGGUCACGGAGGAGCUGUUCAUCCUUCCUCAGAAUGGUGUGGUGGAGGACGUGUGUGUCAUGGAGGCCUGGAACCCAGAGAAGGCGGCCAGUUGGAACCAAGCCCCCAAACUCCACUACCGCUUGGACUAUGACCAGCAGAAGGCAGAACUGUUUGUGACUCACCUGGAAGCUGUGACCAGCGGCCAUGAAGGAGGCUGUGACUGCUACGUCCAAGGCAGCGUGGCCAACGGGACGGGCACUGCGGAGGCCCAGACGGCCCUGAAGAAGCGGCAGCUGCACACCACGUGGGAGGAAGGCCUGGCGCUCCCCCUGGCGGAGGAGGAGCUCCCCACAGCCACGCUGCGGCUGACCCUGCGGACCUGCGACCGCUUCUCCCGCCACAGCGUGCUCGGGGAGCUCCGCCUGGGCCUGGAUGGGGUGUCUGUGCCCCUGGGGGCCGCCCAGUGGGGGGAGCUGAAGACGUCAGUUAAGGAGCCGUCUGCAGGAACUGGAGAGGUCCUUCUGUCCAUCAGCUACCUCCCAGCUGCCAACCGCCUCCUGGUCGUGCUCAUCAAGGCCAAGAACCUCCACUCCAACCAGCCCAAGGCGCUCCUGGGGAAGGACGUCUCUGUCAAGGUGACCUUAAAGCACCAGGCGCAGAAGCUGAAGAAGAAGCAGACAAAACGGGCCAAGCACAAGAUCAACCCCGUUUGGAACGAGAUGAUCAUGUUCGAGCUGCCGGACGACCUGCUGCAGGCCUCCAGCGUGGAGCUGGAGGUGCUGGGCCAGGACGAGGAGGGGCAGAGCUGUGCGCUUGGCCGCUGCAGCCUGGGCCUGCACGCCUCGGGCUCCGAGCGUAGCCACUGGGAGGAGAUGCUCAAAAACCCUCGGCGGCAGAUCGCCAUGUGGCAUCAGCUGCACCUGUAAGCAGCUGCCCGGGCUCCUCCCCUGCCGGGCACAGCCCCGCCCCUCCAGCCCUGGCUCCUCCCCUGCCCGGCACAGCCACGCCCCCCCAGCCCCGCGGUCCUUCCGUUCGAGGUCUUCUUUGUGCCCCAUCGUUAUUCUGACAUUCUGACAGGUAGGGGACAGAAGUGUUUGCAAAGGCCAGGACCCCGCCCCUCUCUUCCUACAUUCUCAUUUCUAAAACAUGAACAAGGCAGGGCAAGUGUGGAAACAGGACACGUGGGUCCCACCGAGGACUGCGUUUCACUCACCUGUGCUGUUGAAGAGACGCUUGGCAAAUACACCCCACGUGCGGGUUUUGCAGGUGGGUCGGACACAGAGAAAGCUUACUGUGGAGAAUAAUGUGAGCGCAGGACGUGUCUCUCUAAAGACAAGCAUUUCAAACAUCGUGGAGGAAAUAAAGUGUCCUGGAUCGGCUCAGAGAAUUAGGGAUUGACAGGGUGGGAUGAAAUCUUAGCGCGCCCCCCCCCCUCCCGCGCCUGUUCCGACCCUGUCACAGCAACAACCCAGCAGUUCUCAGACCUUAGUGUGUGAAGAAUCACCAGCAGGUUCCCUGGGCCCACCCGUUGACCUUCCAAAUCCAUCUUCUUGACCGAAACCCAGGCACCUGCAGUUUUAACCAGCACCGAGUGGCAUUUGGAGACACCCUUUCUACAACAUUCCAGGCAGGUUUCUCAUAGUCCUUGUCAGGGCUGCAGUCCCUUGGGGCAGUCAGUUCCAGGGCAUCCCGGUGGGCAGUGCAAAAUGUGUGUGUGUGGGGGGGGCUCUCUGGAUUUUUUAUGUAAUUAUUUUAAUGCUUAAUAUUUUCAUCUGUACUCUUCAGAACCUGUUCUGGGGCUGAAUUUUGUGCUUUGUGUUUGAUAACUGUCAUUUUAUCUCAAACUCUGUUCAUGUUAUACUCGGGGAGACCUUCCUUGAGGAGCUGUACAUGGAAUCCCUGUUGGUCACGAGGCACUCAUUGCCACCUCCGCCAACAUCACCAAAGGACCCUCUGAGUCAGAUCCAUCUUUCUCAGCAUGCCAGGCAUUCCAGAAGGAAUUCGGUGUGGGGCACAUGUUCAUUUAGUCUCUUAUGUAUGGCUCUGUGGAAGUGGAGAAGGAAGGUAACUUGAAAUAGGAGAUAAAAUCUUGCAAAUGUGCCUCCCUUCCUGAAUUUUCAGGGCCUGUCACUUUAAUCAGUAAGUAACCAGCAGCCUCAGUUUCGAAUUCCUAACUUCGUAUUCCAAAUAGCUGUCCACAUCAUCAGUUAAAGGAUGAGUCUUGUUGAGUGGGUAUGAUAUUCACUCAUGAACCAGGAUUCCUGGGGUCUGUGGUUGGCCAUCUAUAAAACAGGACCAAUGACAUGGCAACUCUGUCUCUGCAAAUGACAUGGUAGAUGAAACAGUGCUUAAACACCGUAGGCACUCUCUGGCUAAAAAACUCUUGGGCCACCCACCAGUCAUCUUUAAGCUUCAAGAUGCCAGCUGACAAUGACUGGAAAGUGCCAGAAGCAUCCCAGGUACUUCCAGACCCAUGGAUUCUGCAUUGGGACUCUCUGCUACUGACCUCCAAACUGGGCUUUCAAAUGUCACCCAGUCCCAUGACCCACAAGGAACCCUUCAACCAGAUGGGUAAGGGCCAUUCUUCAUUCCUACGACGAGUCAGGCCAUUCUUGGCCUCUCCCUGAGAGUCCGAGCAGGGCCUUAUCACCUUCUGACAUGACUUUCCCUUUCUGUGUGGAGUAGAAAAGCAUCCGAAGAAACAGAAAAAAAAAAAAAACCCAUCAUAUCCCUGUUUCAUUGGAAAGGCUUUCAGAUAAUUGAAGAUCUUGCUUAUUAAGGUUGACCAACCCUUGCCAAGUGGUUUUUAGGCAAAACAUUUGCUAGUGAUUUCCUAGGACAUGUUAUUAAGGUUCCUCUCACGCUCCGGUCUGCCUGGUUUGGUUGGAGCAGCCACAAGAAACCAAAACAUGUCCUAUGUGAGCUGACCAGGAUGCUCUUCUUGGCAACAUCUGCUACUUCAAUGUAGAGAACUCUGGAUUCUAGACUUAAAGUCAGGAAACACAGGUUCUACUUCCUUAUAAAUCUAUGCACCUGCCUCACAGCCACACUACGAUAUUUGAGGUGGGCUGGAGCGGGCCUCUGAUGCCAGAAAUAUCAAGUCUGCCUAUGGUCAUUCCAUCAAGAGGCAUCCAUUUCUUUGUAUCUCAAGGGUUUCGUUUUCCAGGAUCCAGACUGCAGGCUGCGCCGGGUAGGAGUCAGAUGUCACCACAGCAUGGCUUAGUGUCACCCACCAUCUCACUGAGCAGGCACGUUCAGAAUGAGAUAGGUUUUGCAGGGAGAGAGUUGUCCACUGGGUUCACUGGUCUGUUCCAAGGACCUAGAAUAAAGCUAGCUCGUGGACCCCUUAUAAAUAUCUGUUGAAUGACUCAAUGAAAGAAAGAUGGAUAGGGAGUUGGCAGCAAAAGACACUGCAAGUGGCACAAUGAGUCCUCAAUGUUAAAAUCACUGGACACCUCAGCAGUCGGCCUGAACAUUCACACAUGAGCGCUACCACUCACCUAAUUGACAGACUUUAGCUCUUCGUAAAUGCACCUUGUGACAGAAGAGAAUAUAAUUGCCGCACUCUUCCACCAAAACUCCAUCUUGGUAAAUUUUAAAUUGCCCAGAGAUACCAGACUGCCAAAUCGACAAACCUUAGUGAUCUCUUCUGUGUACCUUGUACCAGACACAUUUGCAACCUACUCCCAAAUUAGAGUCCUUGAGCCUGUGUGAGUUCAGCUGAUCAUUUCUGAAAGGAACACCUUGUACUUGGCCAGGGAGCGUUUCCUAAGAAGGGCAUGGAGCAAGAUGAAAAUAUGGUGAGAACCCAUUGCAGACUGGCCUGUGGCCCCCAAGGUGACCUGGAUGGCGAUGGGAAUUCACCCUCGUUAAUCUGCAACUCCGUAUCUUACAUCAAAUCGGUGUGCGUUUGCUGAGUGCCUAUUGGCCAAGACCUUGCGCGUGUCUGUCCAUUUCAAUUUGAGAUAUGACUCUUGGUGUGGGUUGAGUGAUGCAGCGCUCCAAAUGAGCCUAUGUAGAGAGGAUAAGGUCGGAAGACCGGCUCUCCAGGGACAGUUCCUUUGGGAUGUAAAGAAGUCCUGCGGGGAGAUAGUCACAGCCUAAGCCAGAUCAAGGCGAGGACCCCCAAGAGACACAGACUCAGUCUUUGUGAUUUGUUUCUGCCGCCUGUGUUUCCUGUUGUCAGUGCUAAGUGUGUGUCUGUUUUGCAGUCAUGAACGGAAGCACAAAAAGACGCAUGAGACAUUGUAGUCCUAUGUCUGGUGUCACCCUUGGGAGCACCAACCUUUCGGUGGUAAAUAAAUAAUUUCCAACUAGGU